UAUUUCAUCCAUAUUCCGUUAUUUAUACCAUGUAUAAAAAAUGUUCAAUAUAGUUUUUGUAGAGAAUUGAACGGGGAAUCUUUUAUAAAGAAGUUCGAGUCUUGACAAUGAAAAGUGACAGAAAUCUUGGCGAAAUACUAAGUGACCCAUUUCUUUUGGUACACCUGUUAUUUAUUUAGACCAAUUAGCAUUAAUUUGUACAUUUAUCACAUAGGUCUUAUACCCAAUAUUCAUUCAAGUCCACCCGCAACAAGUUCUCCAGUUCCUCCUGCAGCAUUUCCUAUUUUUCAAUCUCCAUCUUAUUUGACUUCACAAGUAGCGGGAAAACCUACUGAAGACGGAUGUAAUCUUUUCAUUUAUCAUUUACCACAAGAAUACAGUGACACAGAUUUAGCACAAGCAUUUGCGCCUUAUGGACAAAUUGUUUCAGCUAAAGUUUUUAUUGAUAAAUUGACAAACAGAAGUAAAUGUUUCGGAUUUGUUAGUUUUGAUAAUGUUGUAUCCGCUCAGAAUGCGAUUACCAACAUGAACGGUCAUCAAAUUGGUUUGAAACGUCUUAAAGUUGAAUUAAAAAAAUUACGUAAUGACAAUAAUACUACUAACCACAACAAUAAUAGCUUAAAGAAAAAUCCACAACAACAACAACAACAACAAACACGCGUAUCACCGUUUUAG